AUGCCCGACGAAAGACCGCUGCCGUACCACCCGGGCGCAGAGGACGACGACGACACCGCAACAACCAAUGUCGUCGCACGCAAUGUCACCCACCCGUCGUCAUCCUCAUCAUCCCAUCCAACUGAGCCGAACCAACCCACCACCAAUUUAAACGGCAAACGCCCCAAUGUAACUUCCUCCAAUUCCACCUCAGCAGCCGGUCCUGCAGGUACUACGACCGCCAACCGCGAAUUCCAACGCGCCUACAAAGCCUGCGUCCCCUGCCGCAAGCGCAAGGCCCGCUGCGAGGUGGCGGUGCCGCCCGACGGCGGCGUGCCGGGCCCGCCGUGCAUGCGGUGCAAGCGCGCGCUGCGCGAGUGCGUCUUCACCGAGGAGCGCGCGUGGAAGAAGCAGCGGUUGAUGGAGGAGGAGCAGCGGCAGAGGAGGCGUGCUGGUGGUGCUGGUAGGGAUGGUGAGGGGGAUGAUGAGGAUGUGGGUGUUGGCGGUGGUGAGGACGAUGGGGAGGCGAUGCCGAGGAGGAGUCCGCCGCCGAGGUUGGUGCAGCGGGAGCAGCGGCGGCAACAGCAGCAGCAGGUGGGUGGUGGUAGUGCCUCGGCGGCAGUGGCGGCAGCGGCGGCGGCGCAGCAGGGCGAUGAGGGGUUGGCGGAUUCGAUGAUGCGGACGGUGGUGGCGAGUGGGAAUGAUGCGUUGAAUUUGCUGUUUGAGGCGGCGACGAGGGAGGAUGCGGUGGCAGCGGCGGCGGCGUCGUCGGCGAGAGAGAGGGGGUAUGCGUUGGAUGCUGGGGUGGUGCCGCCGGGGCCGGCGGUGGGAGAGGGCGAGCCGGCCAUGUAUGCGACGCCGGGUUCGAACAUGUCUGUUAGCUCGGGGCUGUUGGCGCCAAACUCGGUCCAGUUGUCGGCAGCGUCGGAGGAGGUGUUGGAUUUGUGGAAGAACUGCAGGUUUGUGAGGAUGGGGUGGUUCACGGCGAGGGAGGCGGUGACAUACGUUGACUUGUUCUUCAAGAACAUGUCACCCUUGUCACCCGUGCUUACAGACUAUUACGCGGAUCACUCAAAGCAUUAUGAGCUCGUCACGAAAGAGCCGUUCCUGUGCUUCACCAUAUUGGCUCUAUCAUCACGCUAUCACGUACUACCGGGCGUCGGCGGGGCAUCUCGCGGGUACUUCAUCCACCACCGUCUAUGGGAACACUGCCAGCAUCUCAUCCUGCGCAUUAUGCUUGGUCAGGAAAAAGGCUCCACAGCCAAGACACGGACCGUGGGGUCAAUUGAGGGACUUCUCCUUCUUGCAGAAUGGCACCCACGUGCUCUGCAUUUUCCACCGGCUUCAGACGGUUGGGACUCGGGACUCGUCGCCAUCGAAGCGCACGACGAGGAGGAACCAUCAAGUCCAGAGGCCAAUCCAUCCGUAUCCAACCGCUGGCUUGAGGAUGUUAUUGAGCCAGCACGUCGAUCAGACCGACUCGGAGACGUCCUCCAAGACAUGCUCGCCAUCGAGUACCAAUUCGUCCGCAUCUUCAUCAACUCGCUGGGCAUGCAAGCCGUCGUCGAGCGCACCCUCGACGAAGCCGACGACUUCAACUCCCCCGCCGACCCACCCAACCACCAUCCCAUCCGCCCCCUCUCCGUCGACUCGACCGACUACCACUUCAUCCAAGAAGUCGUCGACGGCAGCUGCGAGAUCCUGCGCAAGGUCAUCAAGCUAGCCGACGCCCAGCGCCUGCGCUUCGCCCCCGUCCGCAUCUACCUGCACAUCACGGCUUCCGCCAUCUACCUCAUCAAGGGCCUCAGCCUCGGCGUCUGGAACACCAAGCUGCCCGCCUCGCUCGACGUGCUCGACCGCGGCAUACAGGCGCUGCGGUCUGGCACGCUGGAUGAUAUACAUCUGGCCUCGCGGUUUGCGACGUUGUUGGAGGUGCAUGUCGCGCGGCUAAGGCGGAGUUUUGUUGUUUCGAAUCGCCCGCCUAGGCUUGCGUCGCGCCAGCCGUCGGCGGAGAGGAUGGGGCCGGGUGCACAUGGUGCUGCGGUUUCUGUGGCGGCAACGACGACGGCGGCGGCCGCGGCGGUGACGCCGGCUUUGGAGCAGCAGCAUGCUCAGCAUAGCCAGCAGUUUGGUGAGAGCGAUCUUGAUAUGAAUGGGUUGGGUGAAUCGGGCGGGGCGGGGAUGCCGGAGGAUGACUGGCUUGCGUUGCCGUUUGAUCCGUCGAUGGCUCCGCUUGGGGCUGGAUCGGGUAUACAGAAGUUUCCGGGGCUGGAUUCAGGCAUGCUGAAUUUCUUGUGGAAUCUGCCCUCGUGA